UAGAUCACUGCUCUUCAAAUCCAUGUGUACAUGGACACUGCACGAGUAACUCAAUGUCUUACAAUUGUAGCUGUACAAUCGGAUAUGUAGGGGCUCACUGUGAGAAAUUUUGCAAUCGAGACGUACUUGUCAGAAUCGACCAGUCUCUUUUGAACUAUAUAGAUGACCAGUCAACCGUACAAUUCUUACAAAACUUAGUUAAUAAAGUACAAAUAGGAUCUAAUGGUGUUUUAAUGGAGGUGUCCGUCUUUGCUGAAUCCAGGAUUUACUACCGAUGGGCACUUAGUUCGAACACCUAUAAAAGUGGAUUAUUGUCCGCCAUCGGAAACCUGCCCAAUCAACAGGUGAUGUAUUCGUCACUUCCGGACAUAUAUGCACCUGUUCAUAGUAUAUACACACAAAGAUACAGUGGGAAUGGUGACCGUUCUAACGUUCCGGAUGUACCGUUGAUUAUUACUGGACAGUUCCAAAAUAACUAUCAUAACGUCAAACACGAGUCGGAUGCAAUAAAUUCGUAUAUACCUUUAAUUACUAUUGGAGUGGGAAAUGCCAAUACGCAAGUUCUUAGAUCUAUUGCAAAGGACAGUGCCCAUGCUUUAAGCGUCAGAACUAUUUCCGACCUUGUUGACAGUGCUUUUGUUGACAAAGUUUUGAACCUUAUCUGUAAAUAAUAAAUGUAAAUUCAG